AAGUGGACGGCCUGCGGCCGGGCUGGGAGCGGUGUACCGGAACCCGAGGAGCCGGUGUCGCCGGGUUGGCCAGGCUGAGGGGCGCCAGCAGGCCCAGAGGCCAACUCGAAGCCGAGCCCCCGCACCCCAGGGAACAGAAACCCGGCUACACCCGGCCAGGAGCCGGCGCUGUGGGAAGAUGGCGGGGCCGGAGCUGCUGCUCGACUCCAACAUCCGCCUCUGGGUGGUCCUGCCCAUCGUUAUCAUCACCUUCUUCGUGGGCAUGAUCCGUCACUACGUGUCCAUCCUGCUGCAGAGCGACAAGAAGCUCACCCAGGAGCAAGUCUCCGACAGUCAAGUCCUAAUUCGAAGCAGAGUCCUCAGGGAAAAUGGAAAAUACAUUCCCAAACAGUCCUUCUUGACACGAAAAUACUACUUCAACAACCCAGAGGAUGGCUUUUUCAAAAAAACGAAAAGGAAGGUCGUUCCUCCGUCGCCCAUGACCGACCCCACGAUGCUGACAGACAUGAUGAAAGGCAACGUGACCAACGUGCUCCCGAUGAUCCUGAUCGGCGGGUGGAUCAACAUGACGUUUUCGGGCUUUGUCACCACCAAGGUCCCGUUUCCCCUGACCCUCCGCUUCAAGCCUAUGCUGCAGCAAGGGAUCGAACUGCUCACGUUAGAUGCGUCCUGGGUGAGUUCCGCAUCCUGGUACUUCCUCAAUGUCUUUGGACUUCGGAGCAUUUACUCUCUGAUUCUGGGCCAAGACAAUGCCGCUGACCAGUCCCGAAUGAUGCAGGAACAGAUGACAGGCGCCGCCAUGGCCAUGCCCGCGGACACCAACAAGGCCUUCAAGACGGAGUGGGAGGCUUUGGAGCUGACCGACCACCAGUGGGCCCUGGACGAUGUGGAAGAGGAGCUCAUGGCCAGAGACCUCCACUUCGAAGGUGACUCCAGAAAGGGGGACACUCGAGCCGGUGGCGAGUAGCCUUAGGCAGGUCGGCCCUCGGCGCCGCCGGCCCCGCGACUCCGUGCAGAGCCUGGCUCCCCACCUCGUCAUGCCCCUUUCCUCGGGGUCCGGACAGCCUACAGUUUACCGUUAGUUUUUGUUGAUGUUUUUAUAUCUUUCUCUACACAGAAGUACGUUUCAUUACUGAGAAUUUAGGAGCUGUGGGGAGGGGCGGGAGCUCCCCGUGUUGUGCAGUUUGGGCCUAUAGAAGGACGUGAGAGCAGACGUGUCCAAUCCUAGCUCCGAUAAACUUACUUGAGUGAGUGCCCAGGCCAGGACAAACUCAGCAAGCCCCUAGCUGACCUACCACUGCCCAGUGGGAACCAGUGUCCCCCAGACACUGCCAGGUUCUCCAGCGCCUUUGGGGUCAUCAGAGUCAGUCCAACACGACGUCUCCAUCCGGGGUCAGAAUAGGUCAGGUGUGCUGGGGUGUCCGAGGUGCUGCAGCUUGCAUGGCGACUCGCCCAACAGAAGGCCCCAUCCCAGUCACUCAGGAUGAGGGGCUGCACGUCUGCGGGCGCCUGGGAAGGGCUGCCCAGGGAUCGCCCCGUCUGUUCUGACUGUGCGGGAGUGGCGGGGGCCGUUUCUGUACCAAGAGGCGAGUGUGAUUUGCAUGUUGAACACUAUAAUCAAGAACAAAUGACUCUUGACUCUUAUAAAUUAAACCAUCCUGUUUUUUUCUCUUCUUGGCCU